GGCGCCAAUAAUUCCACGCGCAGUUUAGCGGUGGCGGGGGGUCAAGAAACGCGACCUUGGAUGAUUAAUUAUUGACUUCAGGACUGGGGCAUGGAUUCUCGAAGAAGUCGGCGAAAUCCUCUGGUGUGAAAUCGCAUUGGUGACGUAGCUAAUCUGGAGGAUUAUGGCCUUAGCUUGCAUAGCCGAAUCGGUGGCGUCGGCGGUCAUCGAGAAUCUCCUUACCACUUGCUCGUCCUACCUCGAGGCGUGCCCGUCGGCCGGCGGCAUGCAGGACGAUCUCGAACGGCUGCAGUACGCCCUUCCGCAGGUCCAGGCAGUCUUGACUGCAGUCGAGGAGGGAGCGCCGGUCACGCCGCAGAACAAGGCGCUGGAUACGUGGCUGUGGCAGCUCAGAGAUGCUGUGGAGUGCGCGGAGGACGUGCUCGACGAGCUGGAGUACGACGAGCUGGAGAAGGCGAUACGGGAUCGAGAUGGCGAGGUGCGUGGCAUUCUCUCUAAAUGCAAGAGAAAGUUUGACAGUUUCGUUAAUUGCAUAUAUAGUGAUGGCACACUGAAAAGGUUGAGGGAAGCCGUCAAGGGGUUGGAUCGGGUCGUUGCCGGUAUGGGGCCACUCCUUCAACUUGUCAAUGGGUUAUAUGGCCCUGGUGUUAAGCGUCAGAAGCCCGAGGAAGUCAGGAAUGCUCGCGAGACUAGCUCCUUGUUAACCGAAAGUGAGGUGCUCGGACGAGACGAGGAGAGGGACCUGAUAGUUGAAUGGUUGAUCGAACCGGGAGAUGCCGAUGUUUCUGCUUUUACAAUUGUUGGUAUGGGUGGGCUCGGGAAGACUACUCUUGCUCAACUAGUCUAUCGCGAUGAAAGAGUGCAAGAGUAUUUCGACCCGAUUAUGUGGGUUUGCGUUUCUCAAAACUUUGAUGCAGCUGCGAUAACAAAAAAGAUGUUAGAAGGUGCAAGUAGUGAUAGUCUUGGCGACAAGAGUCUAAAUGCACUCCAUUAUAUUCUUAAACAGAAAAUUUCGUCGAAGCGCUUUUUGCUCAUGCUAGAUGAUGUUUGGAAUGAUGAUAAAACGAUGGAGUGGGAGAAAUUAGUUGCUCCUUUCAAAUUCGGACAAAGAGGAAGCAAGAUCCUGUUAACAACUCGAAUGGGUUCAGUUGCAGAUAUGGUGGCAAAAGUGAUGCAAUGUAAAAGGGAAUCAUUAAAUCUAAAUGGGUUGGAGGAGAGCGACUAUAUGUCGCUUUUCAAUAAGCAUGCUUUCCUUGGUAUGAAUCCUGAUGAUUAUAAAAACUUGCAACCGAUUGGUAAGCAAAUAGCAAAGAAGCUUGGAGGAUGCCCAUUGGCAAUAAAGGUUAUGGGAGGGCUGCUAAACUUCUCCAUGGAUUAUGACUAUUGGAAAAGAAUUUUGAAAGAAGACAUUAUGAACUUACGACAAGGAAAGGACUGCAUCAUGACAGUUUUAAGAUUGAGCUACGACCAUUUACCCACAAACUUACAGGUUUGCUUCAGAUAUUGUAGUAUAUUUCCACAAGAUUAUAUGUUUAAAAAGAAAACGUUGGUCGAUAUGUGGAUGAGUUCAGGUCUGAUACCGCAGUCUAUUUGUGGAGAACAGAGGCCGGAGGACAUUGGAAAGGAGUAUUUAGAUCUUCUGACUAGAAAAUCAUUCUUUAUUUGCCAAUCAACAGAUCUUUUGUAUAAAAUUUCUAAACGUUAUGUUAUGCACAAUCUGCUGCACGACCUAGCACAAUCUGUUUCUCUAGGGGAAUGCAUCAGAAUAGGAGGUGAUGUAGUGAGAAAUACUAUUCCACGAACAGUUCGACAUUUAUCUAUUGAAAACAUACAUCUUCUUUCUAUCAAAGAGAUCUCCAAUCUUAAGAACAUGCGCACUCUUGUCUUAUCUAUUGAAGAGGAUCAUGAGAAUGAUGCAAAUUAUUUACUUAUGUUUAAUGAGGUUGUGGAAAGAUUUAAAAAGUUACGAUUAUUGAGCAUGCACGUGAAUUUUAACUUUUAUAAAAUGCCCAAUGCACUUAAUAGCUUGAUACACCUCCGCUACCUGUCUCUUUCAGAAGGAAUGGUAACGAAUGAAAGUCUCAUGGACUUCUUUCAUCCAAAUCUCUGUAGGCUUUAUCACCUACAAUUCCUGAAGUUCCUGACUCAUAAAAUCAGUACUGAUGUUAUUGAAUACGAUGGUUUGACUAACUUAGUUAACUUGCGUUCAUUAGAUGUUCCUUAUGGUGUGAUAGAAAAUAUUCCUUAUGUUAGCAAACUACCCUUCAUCUGCAAAUUAAAAGAUUUUUUUGUCCGAGAGAAGAGUGGUUACAAAAUCGGUGAACUAAGAAAGCUAAGAGAUCUUCGUCAUCUAUGCAUUAGAGAACUUGAGAAUGUGAGGAGUUCCGAAGAAGCCAUGGAGGCCAAGUUGAAUGAGAAAGAAUAUCUCAAAUCAUUGUCAUUGCAAUGGUCCAGUGACCGCUCCAAUACUGCAGAGGCGGAUGAGCAGCUUCUUGAUAACCUUUGCCCCCAUAUCAAUCUCAAGAAAUUGUGUAUUAAAGAUUACCAGGGUAUUAAAUCUCCAUGUUGGAUAACAGAUCUGUCUCUCAUCAAUUUGACAUCCAUCGAACUGAUUGAUUGUAAAGGAUGGGAGCACUUCCCACCUCUUCAGGGUCUGCCUUCGCUGAACCGUCUUUAUCUGUCGGGAUUGGACUUAGUAAAGCAAAUAGGUUGUUCAUUCUAUAGGAGCGGUGGUGGAUGUGGCUUUCCAUCGUUGAGACACCUAUUCUUACUGGACAUGCCUAACUUGGAGGAGUGGAUCGAAAUAGAUGAUGGGUGCAUGUUUCCUCACCUUCAGACUAUGGAAAUCCGUCGCUGCCCUAAUUUGAGGGGAUUGCCUGCUCUGCCUCAUAGUUUAAGAGACUUGUGUCUUUUUGAUGUCGGAUUGACUGCUCUUCCAGCGAUAAAUCAGCAUUGCGGAAACAACAAUCAGCAGGAAUGUUUUCAGGCUUGUGAAAGCUUAGUCAUCGAACAAUGUGAGAAGCUUGAACAUCUUCCACUAGAGUUUUUUCGUAAAUUCAACAUCCUAAAAUACCUGUGCAUAGAAAAGUGCCCGAAGUUGACAAAACAUGGGAUCUCAGACAUCCAACUGCCCUCUAUACUCAAUCAACUCACUGUUGGAUCAUGUGGUGACCUUGAGGCGUCAUUGCUGUGGUCAGCGAACUUAACCUCUCUUACUCAGUUGGAAUUACUUGAUUGUGCAAGCAUAACAUCCAUUCCCCCAGCACAAGUGUGUGCACGGUGGACAAUGCUUUCCCAUUUAGAGAUUAGGAACUGUGCAGAACUGUCAUCAUUUGGUGGAAUACAAGCUCUCGUAUCCCUCCGUUCUUUAGAAAUUAGAGGGUGUGACAAGCUAAUUGCAGUUUCCCUGCGUCAGCCUCCAUUUCCUAACGAUGUUGGCCAAAAGAAUGCAAUGGACUGCUUUUUAAAGCUUGGUGAACUAUCAAUUGACCACCACAUGCUCCUGCUGAUGGACCCAUUGAGAAGUCUCUCCUACAUCAGCAGGUUGACUCUCUCUGAUAAUUCGCAACUCACCACCUUACCUGACAAAUGGCUACUGCAAAAUCAUGCUGCCCUCAAAAAUUUAAGCAUAACGAAUGCGUGCUCCCUUCAGUCCCUACCUCAGAGCAUGACAAAAUUGUGCUCCCUCGAGAUUUUGGAAGUAUGGAAUGCUAACCUCAUCCAGUCACUUCCAGAUCUUCCUACUUCAUUGUGUACUCUAUACAUCAUCGAGUGUCACCCUGCAUUGAAGGAGCGAUGCCAAAAGAAUACAGGCCUUGAUUGGCCCAAGAUUGCCAACAUCCCUAACGUGGCGAUUUAUUAGCAUUUGCAGAGGUGAUGAUGCAUUUUGAUUACUUACCUUUUUUUCGGAUAAUGCAACAGCGGUCAGGUUCAUUUUAAAUUAGCAUCCUCAAUUAGGAAUUUUAUAUUUUGUACCCUUUCUUUAUGGUUUGGAUAAAUGAUAUGGAAAUAUAGCACUAAUUGCCCCUUAUAAUACAUGUUGCUCGCAGGACGGAUUAGUCCUGUAAAACAAACAAUGUAAUGAGUAUAAUAUAUGUAGUAUAUCAAUUGCUUUCUAAAGUUGAAUAUGACUAAUUGUGCUGUAAUUUCUGUCUUGAGGUGAAAAUAAGACUGAAGUCUAGCUGAUGAGUUAGAACAUGAGAGAUGCGUGGCAAAAGAUUUUGAGUUCAUUUAUUUUCUUGGUGCAGGAUUGUAGUAGUACUCCUACAUAUAUGUCUCUCAAUUCUUUCAGGAAUAUAACACGAGUAAAGUUUUGUUCUCCUAUUUUCUUGGUGCAGGAUUAGAGAAAGACUCCAUGUAUUCCAUUUGUUCUUCUUCUCUGGCCAAAUUAAUGUAAAAUCUUUAUGAAUGAAAUUUUCGUAAAGAUAUAAUUUAGCGUUUGAAUAUUCCUGCACAAGUGGCAAAUCUCAUAGCCUGGUGAGCUUGUUUUGUUUUGUCUAUUAUCUGAUGAAGUUGUUAAGCCUAGUUUAAACAUUGCUUUAAAAUGUGUUUCAAACCUUUUUGCAUAACUAGCUUAAUUUCAGUGGUACAAAUUAGACUUUAAAUUUUGUUGAAGUUCAUAUGUUUUUCAAUGCAGGUUGUAUCAAUUCGGCCGUAGAUUUAAAAGGUGCUCCGUUGAUAAGACUCGGCCCGACUCAUUGUAAAAGGAAAAUGAGGGCAACACUGCAGCAGGCAUGAACUUACGGCCACAUCCUGCGCUUGUAUACUUUUACUUUCUUUACAAUUUUCAUAGAAAUCUUCAAUUUCAUUUGGUGUUGGAUACAUGACAACAAACACAAAACUGAACCAGACCGAAAACUUGUGUUGUAUGCUCAGUUCAGUUUUCCGAUCUAUACGACUUUGGCUUUGAUUUAGAACUUGCGAACAAAUCAUUUCAUUGUUUCUUUUUGAUC